AGGAAGACCACCCUAUGCAAGAACCGCAACUUUUCCAAGAUACUUUGCCGACCUCCGAGCGCGACGACGCCCAUCGUGCGGCCAUUUUGCAAAGCGACGUUCGCCGCCAACACUGUUCGCCUGCCGCAAAACAUACAUGCCCAAGAUUGAAUCCACCCCACGGACGAUGAGCAUCCUCAACUGGGGCCGCGCGACCGUCGAGUCGACAAAACGAGACAUCGUCACGUUCAAUAUCCUUGUCCACUCGAACGUGCCGUUGAGCCUUCGAUCCACCGGCCCCGACGCGUAUGUCGUACGACGACGGUUCCGCCAAUUCGCCCAACUCCACCAACAAUUAACCCGUGAAGGCUUCAUCCUCCCCGACUUGCCCAAGGUCGACGUGAUCACCAACUUGCUCAUCAAACUCACCCCCGACACGACCCUCGUCGAACGCCAAGAACAAUUGCAGCACGUCCUCGACACUGUCAACAGAUCCCGCGACAUGCAAAGCACCCACGCGUACGCUGCCUUCAUCGGGCAACCACCCGAGCUGAAAACAGGUUACACGUCGUUGUCAGAGUACCAGUCGAGUGAGAUUGUCGUGACCAUAACGCGGGCCAAGUCGGCGUCCGUGCCAUGAAGCCUCGUCAUCCAACACU